AUGGGUUGUGCGAGUGAGGAUGCUAAAAUUGUAAAAAGCAUCGUUCACGCGGGCACUAAGGUGCUGCCCUUCCGUGACGGUACCAAGGUAAAGUUCCACUACCAGACGCGAAAGUGCGAUGAAUCGCAAACGCUUAUCGAUGAUAGCCGCGUGCAGCGAAAGCCCAUGGAGCUGGUGCUGGGCAAGAAGUUCAAGCUCGAUGUGUGGGAAACAAUCGUGCAACAGAUGGCCCUUCACGAGGUGGCGAAGUUCCGGUGCGACAAGUCGCUAGUGGUGCAGUAUCCCUUCGUUGCGAAAACGAUCCGUGACGCGCAAAAACCGCGAGAGGAACGCAAACAUUGCUGUGGCAUGACAGUUCAGAACGAAGGCAUCGGCUACAAGGAUCUAGACGAGCUGUUCAGCAACCCGCAGGAUCUGGAGUUUAUCAUCGAAAUCUUGUCGAUCGAGAGCCCGGAUGAGUACGAGAAAGAAUCGUGGCAGCUAUCCGACGACGAAAAACUGCAACUGGUGAAAAAGCUGCGUGUGCAGGGCAACGAGGCUUACAAGGAAAAAAAUCUCACUUCUGCUUUGGAAGCUUAUUCCUACGCGAUUGGAAUCAUUGAGCAACUGAUGCUUAAAGAGAAACCUGGAGAACCAGAAUGGAUCGAGCUGUCGCAAAUAAAGGUUCCUCUGUUGCUGAAUUAUUCGCAAUGCAAACUAUUAGAAGAGGACUACUACAUUGCAAUCGAACACUGUACAGAGGUACUGAAGUACGACAAAGAGUGCGUGAAGGCACUGUUUCGCCGAGGAAAAGCGCACAUGGGCGCUUGGAACUUUGCCCAAGCGAGGGAAGAUUUCGAACGGUGCGCCGAGUUAGACACUAGCCUCAAGCCGGUCAUCGACAAGGAACUGGCAAAGCUGCAGGAACAGCUGCGCCAAAGGGAUGUCGAAGAUAAGCUCAAAUAUCAGAAACUCUUCUAGGGUCAGCUAGUUAUGCAAUUUAAGUGUAGCAGCAGGUUUAAAUGGGCAGAAGGGUUGAAAAGCUACACUGGCUGUACGCUUUGACACUCAGCAAUCAGGAUGGAAUCCCUAGCUAAAAAGGACCAUAUCUUUUUGAUAUGCCCUACUCUCGCCGGCGAGCAUUUGUUAUACCAUUUUAAACUGUUAAUAUUUCGUAUUUUUUGAUUCUAAGUUUAUAGCAUUCUUUUAUCAAACCACCGGGUGUAUGUUUUGCAGUAAUAGUGAUUUUUGUAUACUCUUUAUGUAAUUUAAGUGCACAUCUUAAUGUUCAGUGUUGGACAUCCAUUUAUUGGAUUGUUUCGUUUAUUUUGGUGUAUUUUGCGUAGCAACAGUGAUUAUUUUGUAAGUAUUAUGUAGGGCACAUCUGUAAGAUCAGUGUUUGUAAACCUCUUAUUUUACAGUGUCGUGUGUUUAAGAGAAUUGUGUACUAUGGUUUAAAACAAGUGCAAUAUAUAUGUUUAGGCCCGGUGAGCUUCGACCGUUGGAACCCCCUAAUCGUGAGGAAAAAAGUUCUGUAAUACAAUCUAGGAAAUAUGUGCGCACAUAAAAAGCAUUAGUAGAAUAGAAAAAUUUGUAAUUUCGUCACA